UUUAACCAGACAACAGAUACUAACAGACAUCCUUUUCAACUGAGUUAACAUCGUUCAGUUGUACUUAAUUAAAGCUACUUAUACAGUGAGUGAUACAAUGCGUAGUUUAAGCAUCUUUCUAUUUUUGCUUUCUUUGAACUUCUGUCACAGUAAAGUAUCAGAUGCGCAACAACAAAUCAUCCAAAAACAUGAACAGAAAAUUAGUGAACAAAUUCUCCAAAUCUUAGAGCAUUACAAGAAGGAUGAUCCUGUGGGAAUCCCCGGUGCGCCAGUCCCCGAUCCCUUGUUGAUCCCCCCCUUAGCACAUUCAUUUUCUUUGGGAAAAAUGAAUUUCGAAAACGUAAAACUGUAUGGUUUGUCCAAAUUUCGAAUACAUCAUAUUAAAGCUGACAUAACUGUGAUGAAAGUGGAAGCCGCCUUAACGAUUAAAACACUAGACGUUAAAGGAAAUUACACGCUGAGAACUUUCAUGUCGUCAGCCAAAGGUCCAUUUACUGUGAAACUAACCGACGUGUAUGUAAAAACCAUAGCAGCUUUGGAAAUCACAAGAAGUGGGCAGUUGGAAGCUCAAGAUAUGGAUAUGGAUAUUACUUUUAAAGGAAUCGCUAUGGACUUCAAAGGAUUGGGAUUUUUCGCUAACAUGUUCCAAGGAGUUAUCAAUUCUGUGGGUACCUUCAUCUUUGAUUCUAUCAAACCGUUUAUUUUGCGUGAAGUCAACACGAAUUUGAGGAAUGAUGUCAAUAAGCAAGUCAGGAAAAUUCCCCAGAAGUUUCCCAAUUCAAUUUCGCCUUUUGAUCAGCUUAUUAUUGAUAUCCGUCACAAAAUUAGAAAUGCCAAGUAUGAUCCCUACAAAGUCAACGAUUACAAUACUAGUGUUGGUGUUUUUGAUGUAUACAUGAGACAUACUUGGUUGUAUGGAUUAUCUUCAAUUCAUAGAGUCGGUGAUAUAACUUUUGAGAUCAAAAAUAACAGUGUGUAUGCACUUCUUGAGGUUGGGACGCAAAAGAUGGAAGGAACAAGUCAUUGGGAAGUUUCUCUGAUUGCUGGGUUUAUGUCAAAAGCAGGAACCGUGUCUUUCAGUGUAGAAUAUUUGAGGGUUCAACUUGCGAUCAGUCAAACAAUGGAUACACGAAAUGCUCCAAAGUUGGAAGAUAUUCAGUUGGAAUUGGGCAAUAUUCAAAUAAGGUUUGAUGGUGCAGGAACCGUGGAUUAUGUGAUCGAAUUUGCAGUGAAUGUGCUUCCUAAUUUGUUGCGGUAUCAAAUUAUGGACGCUUUAGAAGCUCCGGUGAAACAGCGGAUUCAGCAGGAGUUGGAUAAAGUUAAUAUCGAGCGAAUGAUCAAAGAAAAUGUUGAUAAGAUUGAUAAUCCGGAUAGUAUGAAAUUUUUGUAAUGAAAAUAUAGUUCAGAUUAUAAGUU